GCCCCCGCGCUCCAAGCCGGGCGCGCGGAGCCGGGGUCGCACGGAGCGGUGCGAGCCGGUGGCCGAGCCAGGCUGGCGCCCGCGCCCCCCGCCGCACCGCCGCCGUCACCCGCCGCGCAGCCCACGGGGUGCCCUUCCCGCCGCCCCGGCUCCGGCACCCGGGCCUCCGGUCGUGGUGUCGUCGCCCUCCGCUCCGCCGUCCCGCCCGGGCCGCCCGGCUCCCGCAGGCCCCAUCGCCCUCGUUCCUAUGGACAGACGCACAGACACCUGCCGGAAGGACACUGCUGAUCCUGUAACAUGGAGGAUUGUCUUCAUACCUCAUCUGAGAAUCUGUCCAAGUUGGUCAGCUGGGCCCACAGCCAUGGGACCAUUUGCAGCCUCAUUCCAAACCUGAAACACUUGCUUUCUGAAGGUUCCCAUGGGAACCUGACUGCAAUGUGGGGCUGUAGUGCUGGCCAUGCUUACCACUGGCCACUAACAGCUACUUGCAGAGCUGGGUCCCAAGAGAGGGUCUGUUUCCAGGACAACCGAAGUUUUAAUUCUGAUAGUCCCAGUAUAAUUGGGGUGCCUUCUGAGACACAGACUAGCCCUGUGGAAAGAUACCCUGGGAGACCCGUGAAGGCAAAGCUGGACUGUAGCCGAACCAGAGACUCUUGUGACUUCUCUUACUGCAGUGAGCCCUCUGAACUGGACGAAGCUGUUGAGGAGUAUGAAGAUGAAAACACACUGUUUGACAUGGUUUGUGAGUCUUCUGUUACAGAUGAAGACAGUGACUGUGAACCCCAAACCCAGAGGCCUCAAAGUAUUGCUCGUAAAAGGCCAGGAAUAGUCCCAUCUUCCAUCCAUUCAAGUUCCCAGGGACAGAUGGUUGAUGAGUGCAGUGGUGAUGUCAUCAUCAAGAAAAUCAAGCAAGAGAUUCCUGAAGAUUAUUACAUUGUAGCAAAUGCAGAGCUGACUGGAGGGGUAGAUGGACCAGCCCUUUCCUUGACACAGAUGGCAAAGCCCAAGCCUCAAACUCAUGCUGGUCCCUCCUGUGUAGGGUCUGCUAAACUGAUUCCCCAUGUAACAUCUGCCAUCAGUGCAGAGCUAGACCCACAGAUAAUGUCAGCUUCCCCCUCUGUGAUCUCCAGACCAAUCAUCCCAAAGACUGCUAGGGUAUCUCUGGCUUCACCAAACAGAGGACCCGCUGGUGCCCAUGGCACUGCCCACCAGGUGACCAUGCAGAUGCCUGUGAGCACGUCACAUCCUAACAAACAGAUCAGUAUCCCUUUGUCUGCCCUUCAACUGCCUGGACAGGAUGAACAGGUGGCUUCAGAGGAAUUCCUGCCCCAUUUGCCUAGCCAGGUCUCAUCGUGUGAGGUGGCCCUCUCUCCCUCAGUGAACACAGAACCUGAAGUAAGCUCCAGUCAACAGCAGCCUCCUGUCGCUCCAACCAUAACCACGGAAGCCACUGCACAGUGCAUUCCAGACCAGGAUGAAAGAGCAGCUGAGCUCAGCAGGGAGCAGAAUGAGAAAACCAUCCGGAGCACACAGACUGCGCUCCGCAAUUUCCCUUAUUCUACUAAACUCAACAAAUUUCCUGUAUUUAAUAUUAAUGAUGACUUGAAUGAUCUGUGUACCAGUGCAGUGAGCCCAAACACCACCAAAGCCACGAGGUAUGCCCUAAAUGUGUGGCGCUACUGGUGCAUGACCAACGGGCUCAAAGACCACACGGACAUCACCAAGAUCCCUGCAGUGAAGUUGAAUGAGCUGCUUGAGAACUUUUAUGUCACCGUCAAGAAGAGCGAUGGCUCAGACUUCCUGGCCACCUCACUUCACGCCAUUCGCCGUGGCCUGGACCGCAUCCUGAAGAAUGCAGGUGUGGGCUUUUCCAUCACCAGCAGCACCUUCAGUUCUUCCACCAAGAAACUCAAGGAGAAGCUGUGGGUUCUGAGUAAGGCAGGGAUGUCGGGUGCCCGUUCUCGCAAUAUCGUCUACUUCUCCCUCUCUGAUGAGGAGGAGAUGUGGCAGGCAGGGUGUCUAGGGGAUGACAGCCCCAUUACUCUCCUGUCCACAGUGGUCAAGUACAACAGCCAGUAUCUGAAUAUGCGGACGCUGCAGGAGCAUGCAGACCUGAUGUAUGGUGACAUCGAGUUGCUCAAAGACCCACAAAACCAGCCCUACUUUGCCCGGACAGACAGUGUUAAGCGAGAGAGCCGGAGUGCUUCUACUAGAGUAUGUCAUGGGAAAAUCUACCAUGAGCAUUCCCGGGGACACAAACAGUGCCCUUACUGCCUCCUCUACAAGUACAUGUACAUCCACCGGCCACCUACCCAGAUGGAAGCCAAGUCUCCCUUCUAUCUGACAGCCAGGAAGGAGGCCACGGACAUGGGCAGUGUGUGGUAUGAGGAGCAGAGGAUGGGGCUGCGGUCCCUCCGGGGAAUUGUCCCAAAUUUAGCCAGAAAGGUCAAGCUGGACAACUGUGAAAACUUCACCUUCGUCUCAUUCACUCAGGUCUCCAGACGACUUAGCUCCCACAGCUGCUGCCAGUGAACCUUCCAAGGCCAGGACUUCCCUCAGGUGGUCAUGGCCAGAGUCAUCAGCAAGCAGGUCCUGAGGAGACAGAAGCUGUCUUCACUCCAUGAUCCAGCUGGCCUCCAUUACUGCAGCAGGCCAUUCCUCAGUCUUGAAAUUCAGUUUUUCAUAAAAGGAGAUGACUGAAUGAUGUUUUAUCUAAAUGUGUGACACCUCGUUAAAUCCUGGAAUCCAACACAAUGUAUAAUUAUUAUAUACAAGAGUGAAGAAAUUCAUUUUAUCUAGUGCCUUUUUAGCACGGGUUUUCUUGGGGGAAAAAAUGUUUUAAGUACUUACUUUUAAAACAAAAAUCCCAGUAGCCUGGUAGCUUUAGAAUGGUAUAGAUAUGUACACUUUGUUGAGUUUCUUUCACAUAAGGACCCAGAGCAAGGGAGACAGACAUAUUAAGAGAAAAGCUACACUUACACUCUUUUUGUUUUCUCGGUGAACGCUCUGCCAGGGCGGCAGACCUAGUCACUGAGAUAAAAGAAACAUUUCCACUGUGCUGUUGAUAAAGACAAUUUGGUAAAACGAAAAUCAGUACUCUGAAAAGGUGGUUCUGAGACACCACAUGCAGUGGACUCAGUAGUCUGCACCGUGAGGGUUUCUAGAAAGCCACUUGUGACCCAAAUAGGAAAACCUGAAGCAGAAGUGCCUGCACCUGUCUGAGUUCUCCACACCGUGAGAGCAUUUGCUGUUUGAACUUUGUUGUGUGUUAAUCUGUUUUUCACUUCACGCGGUUGUUCUGUUGGCAAGAGUCCCUGCACAUGUAAGGCUAGCUCAUGCUUUCCUAGGAAAAUCAACAAAGUAAGCCACAAAUAAAACAGAUUCCCCACUGCAUCUACUAAAGACUCUGGAGAUCUGUGGGUUGGCACAGGUAAGCAGCCAGCACUGAGGACAUGGUGACCGAGUCAGAGCAUGCGUAGGUUAGUCAUGCAUUGUCAAAUCAUUUCACAUUAAUAAAACUCAACCUGACCAUGUGCUGUUUAAACAGCAGAAUUUUCUAUUAGCUACUCUGAAUACAAGUUUUUAAAAAGGAACCCAAAGAGUACUGAUUACUAGGAGUAGCUGCUACUCUACUUUCCAUUCAAGGGAAGACUGCUAUAAUUGUACCAUUGUUUUCUCAUGUAUGCUUUUGCAUCCCAAAUUAAAAUCCCAAUGCAGAUUCAUACUGCACAAGUCCUUACAUUAGUCAUUUCUUUUUCAAAGUACUGUUUUAAUGUUUAUUUAAAGUAGUUGUUUUAAAGUCACUCGUUAGUCACUAAAACACGUGACACUUUACCAGAGAAGACUCAACCGAUGCUGCCUUAAGGACUCAUGUUGUUCUCUUUCUAGUGAGUACAUGCUUAGAGUUCUGUUCACUAGGUUACCUCCCUGGGUAGUGAUGAGUUUUAGUGGCCCCUUCUUUGUGUAAAUAACACGCGAUUAAUAUUCAGUGUUUGACUUGACCCUGUGUAUUAGUCUGUAGUGGCUUCCAAUCGUGAUUUUAGGGUUUUGAAGAGAUAGACAAACUAAGGUGUGGUAGCACACGCCUUUAAUCCCAGCACUUGGGAGGCAGAGGAAGGCAGAUCUCUGUAAGGCCAGCCUGGUCUACAAAGUGAGUUCCAGGACAGCCAGGGCUACGAAGAGAAACCCUGUCUCAGGAAUAAAGAAGCAGAGAUGGUCACAAAAUGUUAGGUCAGUCUUCAUUAGUUUGCUAAACACCCAAAAGUUAUUUUGUUUGUGGGAAGCAAACAGUUAUCUUUUCGGUUCUGCAUGUAAGAUGGAGACAUGACUUGUAUGGCCAAGUGGCAGAGUCUGCAUCUUAAUUACGAACACCUUCAUUUUUAUUUUAGAUAGAUUCAAAAUGUUAUCAUUAGGUGUGCUGGGAUCUUUCCAAGUUUAACAUUCCCAACAGUAGCAAUAACUGACCAUAUGUUGUCAAUAUCCCUGUCAAAUGAGACUGUUGAGCAUUUGAAUAAGCAUUUCGGCUUCAACUCACUGCCUUCCACCUAUUUGAUGCAUUGUAAGUUCUCCGAAUUCUCAGGUGAACAGUUAUACUAAAAACUCAAGGGUCAGAUCUUCAGUUAUACUUCACAGCACGGGAAUUCUUGAGUUUUGCCUCCUUGAGUUGUGGGAGUGAGGAAGAACACACUUAAAUCAAAUGCUCCCACAUGCCAUGCACAACUUUAUUGUGUAUUUGUGCAGAUAUGGCUUUGUGAAACACACUUUAAAUCAAUGUGUGGUAAAGUGGGGUGAGCCCACUGGCUGACAGAAUAGCUGUCUUCCCAGAUAACCAUGCUCCAAAGGAGCCAAGAGCUUGUGGCUGAGGUUCAAAUGAAGAACUUCUUUCCAGUCAAUUAUAUGCCAUCUCCACAGGAUACAUAAUCUGCUUUUGGCAAAAGAAAGGAGAAUUCCAGAAGGGACAGGGCAAGUUACAAGCACUUUCCCCACUUGCCUUUGGGUCUCUCUGCACCAGAGUUGGGGUGUUUACCCAGAAUUUCAGUUUGAGCCGGGGUCGUAGCUCAGUGGCAGGAUGCUUGCCUAGCAUAUGCGAGGGCUUGGGUUCUGUUCCCAGCACCAAUGAAAUAAAUUCUUUAGCUAGCAUACCCCAAUACAAGUGCCUCUGGGCCGUGCAUAAGGAAAGUUGCCAUCUCAGUUCUGCAAGGAUCCCUGGGAUCUUUGGAGGAGAUCAUGGUUUUUGUAUUGCUGUAAAAGAAGCUAAGGUAGGCAUGGUGACUCACACCUGUAAUGCCAACACUCACAAGACAGAGGCAAGAGGAUUGCCAUGAGUUCUGUGCCAGCCUAGGCUAUCAUAGCCAUCUUGAGCUACAGAGUGAGACUCUGUCCUGAAAAACGAAAUUAAAGGGCUAGAGAUGGGUCAGCCAUUAAAAGCACUGGCUGCUCUUCUAGAGGACCUGGACUCCAUAAACUUCAGUCCCUGGAGAUCAGACACGCUCUUCAGCCCCCAUGAGUACCAGGUACAAACAUAGCGCACAGGCAUGCAUGCGGUAAAACACCACCCAUUUAGACAAUUCAUAAAAGGAGAUGUAGGUGCUCCCUCCCCAGCACCCAUGGGCCUCUCUCUGGGGAAUGGCUUGCCAGCUUGUCAUCCUGGUUUGGGAGAUCCAGUUAGACGUGAAGAGUUUAACAUACUGCUGUAUCUUAGCCAAGCAAUGGAUUCUUGUUGUUGUUCUUGCUGUUACAGCUUUUAGUAACUGGUAUCACUCAUUUCCUCCAUUGUGGAGAUUCUCUUCCUUACGUUUUUAAACUUGAAGAGGAAACCAAACCUGGCCAAGUGAACACAGCCAAACCUAUGAAGUCUACCUCUAGCACAACCAAGCCUGAUACCUCAGACACAAGUAAAAUACGAGAGAAAGGAAGACUGAGAGUCUCCAGAGGCUUUAUGGAAAGUUUCUCCAUUGUUUUCUGUGUUUUAAAGCAGAAAUAUUGUAUCUAACCAAAACUGUGAAAGAAAUGGUCUCUUUGGUCACGUGGCCCAGUCCCCUUUCCUUGGAUUUGGUUCUGAUUAGUCAGCUCAGACCCAUAAAUGACAUUAUUAAUUUAGUCUUAUUAAAAGUAUCAAGCAUUUCAGCAUGUUCAUAGACACAUCCAUGAAGAGGCUCUGAACAAGAGGGUAUUUAUGUAGAAAUUAAUGUCUUGACAGAUGUGGGGCCAUUCUUUCGCCAUUGACUUGGGCAGCUCUGCUGCAGCACCACGUGAGCUCCUCAGUGACCUCAGUGGACUGGCUCCCGGCCAUUAGCAAGACAUACUGCUGCUCUAUCUAAUACUGCCCAGUACACUAGCAUGUCUUCUCAGGAGAUGCUUCUUUAAUUUUCAAGUUUCAGAACUUCUAAAGUUAUUUUGUUAUCUCUAGACAACAGAAUGCUAUUGUUAGUUUAAGCUACAGUCACCACGCUGUUGCCAUUUAAAUGAACAGAAUGGUUAAAGAUCACCCUUACCAAGUAUUCAUCACUUUAUUGCUUUUAUGAGACACUGAUUGCUUUUUUAAAAAAGGUGAACUUGGAGCCAGUUUAGGCAUAGAUGAAUGCACAUAGCAGGACCUCCCAGAGGCUGGCUGGCUUGUCCUAGGUGAGCUCCACUCUAGUCUGAGUCACCACUGUACUUGUCUGGGAGCUGUGAACAGAACAUAGUGGAAAUCUCAAAUUUGUGGACACUUUAAGUAAUUUCACUUCUAAAAAAAUUUUUUUAAUGUUCUGUGUCAAAAGAAAAACAUUCUGUUGUUUAAACAUUGUUCCUAAGUAAAGAUCUUCAUUGUACUUUUUCCAUGUGAAUGAGUCAAUUUAAGGCGACUGGAACAGUGCUAGAUUGAAAAUUAUAUUGGAAGAAUCAAACCUUAAAAAUGCCAAUUAUGUGAGGGACAGGAGAGCUUUUCCUGUUUAAAAAGUUUUUAAUGAAGAUAAUGAAUAUGGAAACAGCAGCUUGAGUUUGCCUUUAAUAGAAAGACUACUGAGAAACAAGAUCUUUCCUGAACAUAUGAGUGUCUGUGAUCAUAAAGCUUAAAAAGACUCAGUGUGUUCCAGCUUCACACACAUGCAUGCACACUCACAUACACACACAAAUAAAAAAAAUGUGUAGCUACCCCUUCUGGAUCGGAAUCUUCAGACAUCUGAUCAGAAAGCAGCAAGCUGUCUAUAAGAAGAGAAGAGUGGCUGGCUUCAGCUCCUCUAUAGCAACAGGUGCUGGGAAACAGUAGGGAAUUUUGAAGAGGAAGAUUAUAUCUUUGGAAUUUUAUAUUUUAAUAUCUAAAAUAUUUUAGUUAUGAUAAAUUCCUGCCCCACAACAUACAACACAUCAUUUAGACUAAAUGAAUCUAUAAUUGCAGUGUCUCUGAAAUAAUAAUCAGGGGCUGGAGAGAUGGCUCAGUGGUUAAGAGCAUUGCCUGCUCUUCCAAAGGUCCUGAGUUCAACUCCCGGCAACCACAUGGUGGCUCACAACCAUCUGUAAUGAGGUCUGGUGCCCUCUUCUGGCCUGCAGACAUACACACAAGACCAACCUGGUCUACAGAGCUAGUUCCAGGACAGGCUCCAAAGCCAUCUCGAAAAACAAAACAAAAAAAACAUAAUAAAUAAAUUUUAAAAAAAAAAAAACCUGAAAUAAUAAUCAUUGGGUCAUUAUCCACUAGAGGAAGGAGUGGGUGCUUUAAUUAGACAAUAAAGCUAGAAGCUCUGCACCUAAAAAUCCCAGAGUCCUCUCUUGAAUGUGCUAAGUUAAUAUAACAUGUACUUAAAAGUAAAUAUUUUUAUUCAAUUUUAUUACUGAAAUAAUUCAUGGCAGUUGAAAAACUCAGAUACAACUCCUACAAAUGAAAUCUAAAUUACUUUAGACUUUUCCAACAAUAAAACAUUCUUGCCGUAGAGCCCAUUGCUUCUAAGUGGCCACUUGUUCUGUACUGAGUCACAGAGCCAGGGCUGUGCCUGUCCACUGCAUCCCGUGCACUGCUUCACUGUCCCAGAGUUAGUAACGACAGGUACAAAAUCAGACACUUACAGAAUCAGAGCACUGACUGCUCCUGCAGAGGACCCAAGUUCAAUUCCCAAAACACACCUGCCAGCUUACAGCUCUGUGACUCCAGUUCCAGGGGACCCAAUGCCUUCUUCUGGCCUCCACAUGCACACAAACAACCGCAAAAUAAACCUUUAAAAAGCUGGAUUUGCUGAGCAGUGGUGCACACCUUUAACCCAGCACUCUGGAGGCAGAGGCGGCCAUCUGAGUUUAAGGCCAGCCUGGUCUACAGAGUGAGUUCCAAGACAGUCAGAACUAUUACACAGAGAAACCCUGUCUCGAACCACCAAAAAGAAAAAGAAAGAAAAGGAAGGAAAGAAAGAAAAAGAGAACAAAGACUUGGGGGCUGGAGAGAUGGUCCAGUGGUUAAGCGCACUGGCUACUCUUCCAGAGGUCCUGCGUUCGAUUCUCAGCAACAACAUGGUGGCUGACAACCAUCUGUAAUUGGAUCUGAUGGCCUUUUCUGGCAUACAUGCAGACAGAGCACACAUACCUUUUUAAAAAAAAAAAGCUGGAUCAGGAAAAAUGGUGUAUUCUGGAGUACAACGAUAAUAAGAGAAGUUGGAUCUUAACUGCAGGAAGCUGGCCAAGGCAGUGUUGCGCUUCUCAACAACUCGUGACAUUGUAGGCAUCUGUCAAAGUUCAUGUAUUGUGAACGUGCAGGUGUAGCUCAGUGGUAGAGCACUUUGACCUAGGUUUGGUUUCUUUGUUUUGUUUUGUUGUUUAUUCUGUAGUUUUUUUGUUUGCUUGUUGUUGUUUGAUGUUUGAUUCAGGGUCUCACUGUGUAGCCUUGGGUGGCCUGGAACUCAUUAUGUAGACCAGUCGGGCCUCAAACUCAUAAAAAUUCACCAUCCCUGUCUCCUUCAUUGCUUGAGUUGAAUGCAUGUGCCCCCAUGCCCAGCCAGGCCCUGGUUCUGAUACCCAGCUUGGUGGCAGGGCGGGGAGCACAGAAAGGAUAAAAACAAAUUACUUCUAGAACCCACAAUAUCAGUGCUGGCACUAAAACUGGGUUCUGUUGUUUUCACGUGCUUGCCCUGGAUACACUUGAAGAAAGGAAUGGAGUGUUGUCGGCCUCCUGGCUCAGCUCCUGUAGCAGUGUGCUCCUAGCUGUCUGGCCAGUGAACCCUGAUGUUUACUUUAAAUUAGCAAUACAGGAGUUUACGGAUUGUUUUGUGCUUGUUUAGUUUUCAUUCUGAAAUACUACAAAAACUAUCCCCAGAAGGACAGACAGAGCUUAUUCUGGAUGGAGACCCAGUAUAAACUCCCCAGGGUUCUCUUGUUUAACUGUGAUUGACAAGUCUGUUUGACUUUACCACUUAGACAAGUAAUUUGUCUUUACUUAAAAUUUUAGUGUUUCCUAUAUGACAGUUUUUUGUUGUUUUGUAACAAAAAUGCAUUUGCAAUGUUUUUAUUCUCCUAGGUGUUUUUAAACACACUAGAAAGGACUUUAUGGCCGGUGUUCAUUUACUAAUAACUGAUUUUAUUGUACCCUUUCCAGCCUUCCCUGGUAGCCACACCUGGGAACACACAUGUGCACACGGGAGCCUGUGAGCUGGAAGGCUUUGCAAACGUUUUCUGUCCGUGUCAGGAUUGGAAGGGGUUUUCUUACUCAUGCAAUCCAACCCUCUAGUUAAUGGUCAACAGAGUCUGUUAAUAAUUUGCAGUGUUUGGGGUUGUUUGUUUUAAGGUGUUGGUCUUAUUCAUGUAUAUGCAGCUUUAAUGUUUAACCCAGAUUGUAAAAAAUAAAAUAAAAAAUGUUUAUGUCUGUUUUCUUAAAGUAA